AUGAGCGUGAUUCCCAACGGCAACGACCUCCCCAGCGCAGGGGUAAUGAAGCACCAAACCCUCAACUGGGACGCACUCCGAGAACGUAGUCUUCAACCAGGCGGGUUUGGCGAGGAUCGGGUUCGAUUAUGGCCGCAGCUCUUGAACGUAACCCCUUCCAGUAAACAUAAAACCGAGGCAGACGAGGCGGACACCCCACACCCGGACGAGCGGCAGAUAGAGCUGGACACGGACAGGAGUUUCGUUCUCUAUCCAGUAGGCGAGACGCACGAUAAAGAUGCCCUCCAGUCGUCAUUGCAUGCCCUUCUCGUUGCUCUCUUCAGGAAGAGACCAAAAUUGAGCUAUUUCCAGGGAUACCACGACAUAGUAACAGUACUCUAUUUAACUCUUCCUCCGGACCUGCAACUCCCAUGCGUCGAGAAAUUAAGUCUUCACCGCGUCCGAGACUCAAUGGGCGCAGGCCUCGAGCCUGUCCUUGGUCUCUUACGAGUAACACAAAAUCUCCUCCAGCUUGCUGACCCAACCUAUGCCCAAACCCUCUCCCAGACCUCCCCACUCCCUUUCUUCGCCCUCUCCAAUCUCCUCACCCUCUUCGCGCACGACGUUCCCACCCUCGCGCUCAUUCAACAUAUCUUCGAUUAUCUGCUUUGUAGGCCACCGGUGUGGGUCGUUUAUCUGGUUGUUGCUAUUAUAUUAGCAAGGAAAGAGGAAGUAAUGCGAUUAGAAGAGGAAGGCGAGGAAGGGAUGAUACAUUCCCUUCUAAGCAGUUUACCCGCACUCAUAGACGGGGAUGACAACGAUGAAGAUGAAGAACUCGAAAAUCAAGAUGAGAGACGGAACGAUGAUUUCGUACUGCCCACUCGCAGGCCCUCCAGAGAAGAGGGUGAUGCAAGAUUAUCUGAAAAAACGAAAGAAGAAUGGUCACCAGAUGGCAAAACCAAUGGGAUCAGCACACCUAAAAAUAGGUAUGAGUUGAGAAGGUUCGGUGGGAGUGAUGAUGGAGUGCAGGAUGGUGAAACGGAAGCCUCUAAUGACGAAAUCAAAGAGGAGGAAAUUACCGAGGACCAGAGUGACACCGCUGGCCGGCCGCUUGCGUCUUCUUCUCCUUCGACAUCCCCGGCUUUGUCUCCCUCAAAGACGGAGACUCUACUUUCAACACCGACUCUAUCUCCCUCUCGAACCCCAGCUCUGUCUUUCUCCACGUCUCCAACCCUCUCCUCAUCCUCUCCGCCACCCUCCACUCCAGGCCUAACCCUCGACCUUCUAGAUGAAGAUCCCUCAGCGUCGGAUGGGAAGGCGGACGACGGGCAACCUUCAUGUACUGAGGAAGCAGCAGCCUUUGAUGCGAAGACUGUCCAAUUGACAAAACCCGCUUCGGAGUCUGGGGAAGCGCCGCCUUUGUUUUCAGGGAAUGGGGAAACGAAGAGAUCCGCGUCGGAGUCUGGGGAGGCCUCCCUUUCUACUUCAGGGAUCACGCAAGCGACGAUUUAUACGACAGGGACCGCUCAACCGACCAGUUUCUCUUCAAAACCUGGGGAAGCGACGGUUCCCACUUCAGGGACUGAGGAAGCGAUGAUUUCCAUAUCAGGAAUUGGGACCGUUUCGGAGUCUGAGGAAACGACAAUAUCCGUUUUGAGUGGGCAAGCGAUGGCUUACGUUUCAGGGGUUGGGCAAACGACGCACAUUACUUCAGGGAUUGAAGAAACCCACAAUACAGAAAAUGACGCGGAGAAUACGGCUUACUCACGACGAAAACAACUCGAAACAGAAAUACCGACAAGACCAAUAUACCAUCCUUCCGAAUCCGAAAAUUCCUCGUUCUCCCCCUUUUCCUCGAACCUAAAGCCCUCUGCCUCUUCUUCAAAACUUGACGCAGCUAUAUCGUCCGGCCUCCACGUAGAAUUAUCCCCCACAAUACCACCCAAAAAACGCCACGCAUUCAAACCGAAGCUCUCCCUUCCCCUUCUACUCUCACAAGCUGACGCCCUCGCAGCCCGUUUCCCACCCUCCGACGCCGGGCUCCGCCUCUCCUCAAUAAUGGGCCCUCAAAGCGUAGUGUACACGUUUUCUGUGUCUCCUAGCGCGCUUCCGAGCGACGACGAGGCGGAAGCGAUGGUUAGGAACCCAGGGUUGGUCGUUUAUCCGCAGAUGCCUUUUGGUGCCAAGGAGGAGGAGGAGAGUGCGGAGAGUGAGGGGGACUGGGAGAAAGGGGGAAGAAAGGGAGAGAAGGGCAAGAGUAGAGAGAAGGGAAGGGGGAGGCGGCAGAAGAUGAAAGAGAGAAUAGGCGAGAAAAAGCGACGGCCUGCACGCAGGCCACAAACGAGUACGGUGGUGGCUGGUGCGGUCGUGGUGCUUGGUGUUGGUAUGGCUGUCUAUGGGAUGCGGAGGGGAGGUGGUGGUGGGGCAGUGGAAGAGGGGUGGAGGGGGGCGGCGGAGUGGCUUGUUGGUAGGUUAAUUUAG